GUGAGAAGGUGCUGUGGACUGUGGUGAAAUGGCGCUCCACAUUGCAUUUUUUACCGACCUGCCACGCUUACUCCACAGAUCAAACAAACACACUUGUCCUUUACACUUGUGAAACAAAAGUCUAUUUCCCAAUUCUCGUGAAAAAGCUAAUGCUGCGUUUACAUCGGAGGUCGGAGGUCGGAACUGGGAGUGACGUCACAUUCAAGGUCGGAAAGUCGGAAAAGAUGGACGCGCCUUGUUUACAGAUUUAGCAAUUACCUCGGGCUAGCCAUUGUUAGCAAUACCGGUUGAUAACAGCGCUCUGUGUGAUAUUUUGUGAAAACAAAUAUCGUAGCAACAUAUCUUCAGAUAGAAGAUGAGCGGUACUUCAUGUACAGAGCAUCAGUCAUCCAGGACGAAACAAUGCUAUCAUCGCUGGUGUGACGACAAGAGUGAAAACGGGCCUGAUCAUGGGAGUCAGAAAAAGAUCACCAUGUGCAGAAAUGUGUCCAAAUAUGGCCUGUUCUUCCUCUUCCUAGCCCUGUCUGGCCUCAUCUUCCUGUUGCGCAACAUUCACACUUUGGAGAACUGGAACUGCCAUACUAUUUCAGCCCUCUACCAGCUCCAGAGCAGGAUCCAGUCAUCCUUCAACCCCGUAAAUCUGCCCACCUUUCAUCACAACCGCACCUUCUGUGCCCAUCUGGGCCAGAAACCAACGCCUGAAGAAGAAUUGGAGGAGCGCUACCUGCUGGACUCCAUCACCUGGCCUGGGCCUCCGCCUCGCUCUUCACCACCCGCCCUUCGCCAGACGAGCGACCCCGUGCACAGCCUGUUCGCCAUCCUCCCCACUAAGGGAGAGCGGGAGUGGCAUGUGGGCGACCAGCUAGAGACGCUCGUCCAGAUGCACGACUUCCAGGGUCGUCCCAAGCGCUACGGAGGGGAUUUCAUUUUGGCCAGACUGCACUCCCCUGAGCUGGGAGCAGGCGUCGCAGGUAAAGUGCUGGACCACAAGAAUGGAUUUUAUUCGGCUAUGUUCCCGCUUCUCUGGGUGGGUUCUGCACAGAUUGAGAUCACACUGGUGCACUCGAGCGAGGCUGUGGCUGUGCUGCGACGGCUGAGGGAGGAACGGCCUGAUCGUGUGUUUUUUAAGAGCAUGUAUCGCCUGGGCUUCCUGUCUGAAACAACAGUCUGCAACAUGUGCCUGCCCCCUGAGCAGCCUCUGUGCAACUACACUGACCUCUACACUGGGGAGCCCUGGUACUGCUACAAGCCUAAGAUGCUCAGCUGUGACAGCCGAAUCAACCAUGCCAAAGGAGGCUAUCAGAAACACCUCAUCACCAACAAAGAAGCACUGCUCUUCCAGAGUGGUGUAAACAUUAAAGUUCCCAUACAUGCUUCGGGUCCCGACAGAAUCGAUGUUCUGCCCCCCAGGAAAGAGGUAGAGGUAGAAAGCAGCAGUGCAAAACCAGAGCCAGUUAAGCUAGCCCCGUCUGGAUAUUACUACGAGGACUCGUGGAGGCCAUUAGGUGGCGUUACAAUGCGCCAGUUCAACGAAUCAUCCGCCAUCACUCAAUGUUUGAAGAACAAGGUGAUCAACAUGUACGGAGACUCUACCGUCAGGCAAUGGUUCGAGUACAUCAUUGAUUCAGUACCAGAAUUAAAGGAGUUCAAUUUGCACAGUCCUAAGAACGUGGGGCCUUUCAUGGCGGUGGACAGCACCCAUAAUAUCCUGCUGAAGUACCGCUGCCAUGGCCCGCCCAUCCGCUUCUCCACCGUCAUGGCCAGUGAAAUGCGGUACGUUUCAAACGAGCUGGACGGCCUCUCAGGGGGUCCCAACACCGUCGUGGUCAUCAGCAUUUGGGCCCAUUUCAGCACCUUUCCUGUGGAGGUGUACAUACGGCGGCUGCGUCACAUCAGGCAGUCGCUAGUGAGACUUCUGGAUCGGGCGCCGGGGACGAUGGUUGUGAUCCGCUCGGGGAAUCUUCAGGCCGUGGACCAGGAGGUGAGCCUGUACAACAGCGACUGGUACUCCCUGCAGCUCGAUGAGGUGCUCAGGUCCAUGUUAAAGGGGCUGAACGUGCUGCUGGUGGACGCCUGGGAAAUGAGUUUAGCACACCACCUUCCUCACGCCCUCCAUCCACCGCCGGUCAUCGUCAAGAACAUGAUAGACACGCUUUUGUCUUACAUUUGUCCGGAGAUUAAAAAGAGCAUAUUUGCAUAGGAGAUGAGUGACGAUACUGGAUCUUGUUUUGUGAGAUUGAAUCAUUCGCAGAAGGUACACACCCUUUAAAUUCACUCUUAACUGAGAGAUUUGCCUGAAGUACUGUUCUGUGUGUGUGUGUGUGUGUGUGUGUGUGUGUGUGUGUGUGUGUGUGUGUGUGUGUGUGUGUGUGUGUGUGUGUGUGUGUGUGUGUGUGUGUGUGUGUGUGUGUGUGU